CUGUUUGUUUAAUCAGAAACUCACGCAGAGAUGGUUAGAGUCACUGCUGCCUUGCUACUGGCUGAUUACUUUAUGGCUUAGUUCCUUGUCUAUAAAUACAGAUGCAGUCCGAUGCCUUCUUCUUCAUCCAUCUGUCCAUCUCUGCUUCUUCUUCUUCAUCCAUUUGUCCAUCUGUGCUGCUUCUUUUUCAUCCUGUGAGCUGCAAUGAUGAAGAGGUUUGCGUUCGAGGAGAGGGAGAUGGCGCGCGUGAUGCUACUCGUGUCGCGGGAGCAGGCGAUGCCGGUGCCCGGGUGCGGUGACCGCGCUCCAGAGCGCGCGUUCGUGUGCAAGACGUGCGACCGCGUGUUCCCGUCGUUCCAGGCGCUGGGCGGGCACCGUGCCAGCCACAAGAAGCCACGGCUAGAUGGCGACGGCGAUUUCAAGCCCAAGAUGCAUGGCUGCUCCAUCUGCGGCCUUGAGUUCGCCGUCGGCCAGGCGCUCGGCGGCCACAUGAGGCGUCACCGUGCCAUGGUUGCUGGAGGCCAUGGCAUCACGGCGGUACGGCCGGCGAUAACGACCAACAACCCUAGUGACAGUAGCAAUGCCGUUGUGGUUGUUGGCAGCGCAGGCGGCAUCAAGCGCGGGCUGUGGCUCGACCUGAACCAACCGCCGUGUGACGAUGUGUGUGGCAGCGACGCCGAGCACGGCGAGUGUGGCCAUGACGCCGCCGCCGCUGGGUACACGUUCCACCAGUUCUUGGAUGCAGGCACCAUGCCGGUGGACUGCGUCGGCUACUAGCUCCUCACCCUCUAUUGCCGGUUUUUGCCAAUCAGUACAGUUGAUAUUUUUGUGUGUACUUACCACUUUAGGUUCUCUUUUCUCUUUUUCCUUCUUCUUGGAUGAAGACAUUAAUCCACAUUUUGUAGUACGUAGUACAUGAGUGCCUAAUGGAAGGGCAUGACGCACAUAGUUCAUUUCCUUUUGAGAUGAGAGUGUGCUCAAUUUGGUGGCUUGGAGGCCCCCCAGAACUAAUUACCUUGGGUUUUCCUGUUAUUAUUAUUGAUGAAAAAACCUUCCGUCAAG